AUGAAGGAGCUGGGCGGAGCUGGACCAGAGGUGCAGAAGCUGUCCAGCUUGGUGCUACCGGCCGAGGUGAUCAUCGCACAGAGCUCCAUCCCGGGCGAGGGCCUCGGCAUCUUCUCCAAGACCUGGAUCAAGGCGGGCACCGAGAUGGGCCCCUUCACCGGUCGCGUCAUCGCCCCGGAGCAUGUGGACGUCUGCAAGAACAACAACCUCAUGUGGGAGGUCUUCAACGAGGAUGGCACGGUACGCUAUUUCAUCGACGCCAGCCAGGAGGACCACCGCAGCUGGAUGACAUACAUCAAGUGUGCCCGCAACGAGCAGGAGCAGAACCUGGAGGUGGUACAGAUCGGCACCAGCAUCUUCUACAAAGCCAUUGAGAUGAUCCCUCCGGACCAGGAGCUGUUGGUGUGGUACGGGAACUCACACAAUACCUUCCUGGGCAUCCCUGGUGUGCCUGGGCUGGAGGAAGAGCAGAAAAAGAACAAGCAUGGCAAGCUUGAUUGCCGCGAUGAGAUACCUCUGAUACCUGGCACCAGGAAGUCUGUUUCUGAAAAGACAAAGUCGUGCCAACCUUGUGACAAGCUCUGUGAAUGUGAGUGCUGUGAGAAUGGACGGAGUUAA